GACAAGGGCCACCGCGGGGACCCCGCUCAGGGCGCGCCCCGGACGGGGGUGGCCUCGUCCCCGCCGCUGCCAUGAAGCAGGCCUCGGACACCAACGGCCCCGACAGGGAUGCCCGCAGCCUGCAGCCCGCAGCCCCGGGGCCCUCCACCCACCGAGGGAUGCAGCAGCAGCAGCAGCAGCAGCAGCAGCAGCAACCACCGCAGCAGCAGCAGCCGCCGCAGCCGCAGGCCGGCCUCCCCCAGAUCAUCCAAAAUGCUGCCAAACUCCUGGACAAAAAUCCAUUCUCUAUCAGCACCCCGAACCCCCUGCUUCCGUCUCCUGCGAGCCUCCAGCUCGCCCAGCUGCAAGCCCAGCUCACACUCCACCGGCUCAAAUUGGCCCAAACGGCGGUCACGAGCAACACUGCGGCCGCUACGGUGCUGAACCAGGUUCUUUCCAAAGUGGCCAUGUCCCAACCGCUGUUCAACCAGCUGAGGCCCCCGGCGGUGCUCAGUGCUGCCCAGGGGCACGCUGGCACGCCCCAGCACCCACCGGGGAUGCCCAGUGCCCAGUUCCCACCGGGAGGGAUCGCCUUCCCCUCUGCCGGCCAGGCCGGGCCGCCCCAGGGCCCCGGGUUGGGGCCGGGUCAGUCCCCCGGCACCUUGAUGAUGCACCCUUUCAUCGCACAACCCCCUCCCCAGCCAGCUGUCAUCCUGGGCCUUGGAAAGGGGGUCCCUUCCCCGACGGCGGUGGCCGCAGGGUAUUACGACUAUGGCAAGCCCGGGGCCCCUCAGGUAUAUGCCUCAGAGGCAGAGCCCGGGAGCCAGCCAAGCUUUCUGCCCAGUUCGGCCCCAACCCCUGGAGGGGCCAACUAUGAGGGCCAUUACAGUCAUGCAGGACAUCUUAAGCCAGGCGGCCAAACCACAUUUCAGAAGGACUUCUACGGACUAAACCCCCAAGAGCAGCACGUGCCAAGAGGACAAUCCUUGGGCUUUUCUGGUGACCAGCAUGUGACCGCUCACCCGCCUGGGAACCAGAAAGUAGAACCAGCCUCAGUCCCCCUCGGGGCCGGCACAAACAGCCACUGGGAAAGCCCCCAAGGCUUCCCCGGCCAAAGCAAGGGCGACCUCGUGGCCGGCUCUGGCCUGUGGCCCCCGCCCACCAGCCAGCCCUACGAGAUCAGAAACGAGCUUUACGACCCCGAGGAGCCGACCCCCGACACCAAAUUCGGCCCCGGGGGGCCCGGCCCUUUCGGCAGGCUCAGCGACGGCCAGACGGGCUUCGGCGGUCCCCGGAUGCGGCAGCCCGAGGAACAAGGCCAGAGCCUCCCGGCCCUGCAGCCCCAGGACCUCAACGACCUCCACGGCGUCACGCCCCUUCACCUGCCACACGUCUGCAGCGUCUGCGACAAGAAAGUCUUUGAUCUGAAGGACUGGGAGCAUCAUAUUAAGGGGAAACUGCACACCCAAAAAUGCAUCGUCUUUACUGAAAACAUGGGUGUCCGGUGUAUUGUGGGGGCAGCAGAAGGAACAUUACGCACCUCUCCAAACAGCACAACUGUCUAUAACUCUCCUGGCAACGAAGAUUAUACCACCAAUAUUGGAUCUGCUUACACUCCAGCUCCCACAAGGCCCUUUGCUCAGUCAAGCCCUGCAUUCCCUUCCACUUCUUCUGGGACAAAUUAUCCACAGAGGAAAGUCACCGCUGGCCGUGUAGUUCACAUCUGCAAUCUCCCUGAAGGAAGCUGCACCGAGAAUGAUGUCAUUAACUUGGGACUUCCCUUUGGAAAAGUAACCAAUUACAUCCUCAUGAAGUCUACCAAUCAGGCCUUUCUGGAGAUGGCAUACACUGAAGCAGCCCAGGCUAUGGUACAGUACUACCAAGAAAAGUCUGCUGUGAUAAAUGAUGAGAAAUUGCUCAUUCGGAUGUCCAAAAGAUACAAAGAACUCCAACUGAAGAAACCCGGGAAGAAUGUGGCAGCCAUCAUUCAGGACAUCCAUUCUCAGAGGGAGAGAGACAUGUUCCGGGAAGCAGACAGAUAUGGACCCGAAAGGCCACGGUCCCGUAGCCCUGUGAGCCGGUCCCUCUCUCCAAGAUCUCAUACUCCUAGCUUCACAUCCUGCAGCUCCUCCCACAGCCCAGUGGUUACCUCACGGGCAGACUGGGGAAAUGGAAGGGAGGCAUGGGACCAGUCUCCCUUUUCCAGGAGAGAGGAAGACCGGGACCUGGUUCCCUGGAGAGAGAAUGGGGAGGAGAAGAGGGACAGGACGGACACCUGGGUCCAUGAUCGGAAACAUUAUCUCCGGCAGUUGGACAAAUUAGAUUUGGAUGAUCGGAUCGAAGGUCUGAGGGGACACCGAGAGAAGUACACCAGGACCAGUUCUCCCAAUCCUCUUCACCCUUUGUCUGGAUAUAAAAGCCGGGAAGAUGACUAUUACCGAAAGGAGUCUAAACAGAAAGCUGACAAAUACCUAAAGCAACAACAGGAUGCCCUGGUCAAGUCCAGGAGAAAAGAAGAGUCGAGAUUAAGAGAAAGCAGACAUGCCCACUGUGAGGACUCAGGGAAGGAAGAAUCGGAGCAAAAGGCCCACAGAACUUCUGAAAGCUCCAAGCAGAAACAGAGUGAGAAGAAUAAAACCAAGAAACUGGAUAGAGACCAAGAAGUUGCUGCUUAUCUGAAAGAAAGUGAAGUAGCCAAGCGUGAGGAACAAGAUUGGGAGAGUGAAAGUGAGGGGGAAGGAGAGACCUGGUAUCCUACCAAUAUGGAAGAAUUAGUCACAGUAGAUGAGGUAGGAGAAGAAGAUUUCAUUAUGGAGCCAGAUAUUACUGAACUGGAGGAAAUUAUGCCAGUCAUCCCCAAGGACAAAACUGGCCCCGACGUGUCUUCCUGUGAAAUUAGCCCCUUGGAAUCAAAAAACAACCACAGUGAAUUAACAAAGGGUGAAUCAACCAGUGAAGCAUCCCUAGAAACAAGCUGCAGGUCACCGAAAGGAAGUCCUGUCACUCCGGGGGUUGGUCCAGAUGACCUAGGAGAUGAAACAUCAAAUCUAAAUCUCGAAGCCGCACAGAAACCUGAUGAAUUGGUGGAAGGAUGCACCCGCAAGGAUCCCUUCUGUCCUGAUCCUGAAGAAGAGCAAGUUGAAAGCUCCGAGGGUCCUUUAACCCCAGAAGCACAGAAGACCCUUUCCCAAGAGCCAACCGAGGAGAGUGUCCAGCUCUCUUGCACCUUUUUAGGUCACUUCAAGCCUGUGGCCUCACCAGCUGACUCUGCUCCAGAAGUAAUGCCUGCAGAGGAGAACCCUAGCUCUCAAGAUGAGACGAGCCUCAAAAGCCAAGAUUGCCAAGAAAUAUUAACCCAGGAAAAUUCUGGGUACCUGGAAAUCAAAUCCCUGGAAUACACAGAAGAAGAGACAAAACAACCACAUUCUCUGUCUUCCUGGGGACAAGAGGAUGUGUUCAGGGAACUUAGCAUUCCUUUAGGGGUAGAAUUUGUGGUACCCAGAACAGGGUUCUACUGUAAGCUGUGUGGACUCUUCUACACAAGCGAGGAGACUGCAAAGAUAAACCACUGUCGGAGCUCUGUUCACUAUAGGAACCUUCAGAAGUAUUUGUCCCAGCUGGCCGAGGAGGGCCUGAAGAGGAGUGAAAGAGGCAGCAGCCCGGUGCCAGAGGACAUGGGAAUUGUUCCACAUUUUGAAAGGAAGAAGCUCUGAUGCUCCAGCAGGGAAGCUAGAAAGAAGAAAACACUGGUGGGUGCACUCAGGAGCCAGCCUGGGGUCCAUUGGCAUUGACCGUGAGGAUGGCAGCACAUUGAAGAGCGUAGGACUUAUAUUUUCUUCUGUGGGAAUGUAAGGGAAAAAAACCCCAAAAGUAUUUCCAGAGGGAUGCAAUUGUUCCAGGUCCUGCAAGCGGAGGAGAGCUGUUCCUUCUUUUUCCUGCAUUCUUUGUCAAAACCAUGGUCCUUUUAUAAAAUCCUCCUGCUCAGGGAUUUCCUCAGUGUCUGGAUUUUGGGCAAGCUAGAGCAGGGCACACACAUGGAGGAUGGAUCAUGCAGGGUCAGCAGUCUGAAAGUAGUUGUGGUAGGAGUAGUAUUUAUUAAGUGCUUACAUUGUGCAGAGCAUUGAACUAAGCACUUAGGAAAGAGUGUACAUGUGGGAAUUAGACAUGGAGCUUGUCCCUGAGGCGCUCACAAUCAGUGAAAGCAAAUCUGCUUGGCAAGAAAGAGAAACUUUGGGGGAAAGUCUCCAAUCCUAAUUAUCAUGGGUUUUGCUAAGCAUUUGCUAUGUGCUAAGCACCAUGCUGAAUUCUGGAGUAGAGACAGGAUAGUCCCUGCUUGUGGUCCCCUCAGGACAAAUGUCAGGAAUGGGACCUGAAAGUAUUGUGCCAGUCCAGAUUCAAAAGGGGAAAGAAGUCAGAAAACUAGUGGAAUGACAGGGUGUUCAUGAAACUUGCCAUAUCUUUUUCAUCCUCCAAACACUAAACACCUUUUUAAUAGUUUCUGUUUGGGAACAUCCUGAACAUUCACCAGCUUUGUGUCUUAAUGCACCUUUUCUCCUAAUUCAUUCUUUCCCUUCUUGAUUUCAGGACAAAUUAGGUCUCUCUCUUCCCUGCCAUCCCCCUUCCCCCCUAACCAAACACACACUUUAAAAAAAAAAAUCUCCGACAAUGAAUUCCAUAAGCGUUGAACUAAACAACUUCCUGAUCCUCCAGCUAAAAUAGCAGUUGGUAUGUGGGUUCUGGACAAACGACUGCACUAAAAUUGUUUUCAGCAUUUGAUUGAAAAACAUAAAAACAAGGAAACUGCAGGCCAAGGACUCUGGCCUUAUCUCACCCCGUUGUGCCUGAGCACUACCUUCCCAAGUAGUGCUCUUAUCGGGAACCUCCUAGUAGAAUGAUUUGAAAGGGCCAUGGCAGUUGUGAUCCUCCUCCAAGUGGAUCACUGGGAGUUGAGAAACAGUUUAAGCUAAGACCAGCGCCGAAGGUUCUUGCAGCACUGGCUGGAUAUUUAGUUUCCUUUCAUGUUCUUAAUUUAUUCUGCCUGGAGAUUGCACUGUUUGUACAGAGUUGCAGUCUCCUGCUCUGGGGCUUUUUCUGCAGAGCCACCACGAAGCCCAUGGCUUAUAUUUCUGCUCCAUUUCAAAGGUGUUUUGUGCAGGAAAAACUACUCCCAAGCACAUGCAGGAAUAAAAUGGCCAAAGGUGACAUUCCUAUGCUCUACACACCUAAUAGCUUUAGGCCAGACGGAGAACUCAGGUUAAGCUUUUGCCAGAGGGUAAAGCUCAGGAAGGUCAGCAGGAGAAUUGGGUUGGGGUGUUUAUGUGAAAUUGACCUAGACAUUUUGGGCCUAGGAAGGAUUAGGCUGAGAGAAUAGCCACAGUUUCACCGAAGCCAUUAGCAGAUUUGCUGUGAGCCAAUUAUUAAUUUUUUUUUAUGGCAGGUGAUAGUGUCCCAGGGACUUGCAAACAUAAGGCCUGCCCAAGGACCUUCCCACUGGAGCCAUUUAAACACAGUUAAAUCCGAUAAGAUGCUUGGGUGGAAACUUUGAGUGAAAGGCAAACGGAGAGAGGGAGAAGGUAGUCUAGGGAAGGAAGGGAAAGCAGGGCUGCUAUUUUCCAAGUUAGGAAUUGCAUCCUGGCUCCAGACUGAGGCUGCAGCUGGAACUCAGAAGAAAUCACCUGAUUGUUUUAGGCCCUCUGGAAGGCUGGUUCCUGGAAAAAGGAAAGGGUUGGAAAAUGCUGGCUUUUUCCAUUUCCAGAGUUCAUUAGUCCAGGUGCCAAAGCUGUUUAUUGAACAAUAAGUGCUUUUACCAUGCUCUGUGCACCAGAAACCACUUCCUUCUUUCUCUGAAGUGUUCUGGCAGAGCCCUGAAAACCAUGUUUCUUCUUCGUGAAGGUCCAUGGAAGGAAGCAAUGGGACCAUUUCCUUCACUUUGGCGGGACUCUGUCGUUCACUCCUACUGGCUUGGUCGUAGGACUCGGAGAGUGGCGAAGGACUGCUUCUUCACUCCCUGUUCCUGUAGGCCUACCUUCCGGGGAAUUUGUUUUCAUCCAGUUUGAAAGGUCCCAGAUAGUUAAUCACUGAAAGUGGGGUUUUAUAGAAAUGGAGACUGACCCUUAAAGUCAGCCCCUCUCCUGGGUUACUGUUAGGUUGCCUCUGCUGAAUGAAUGUCUCUCCAGCAGAGGUCAGUUAGCAACUCCCGGGCUUUCUCCUUACCAGGCUCAGUCAGGAUCCUGUAUUUUAAAAAUUAAUUCUAAGAUUUUAUAUAUACAUAUAUACAUAUAUAUGUAUAUAUGUAUUUUUAUACCGUUGGCAUGAUUCUUCACCAACCUUGUAAUUUGCACUUCUUAUUUGUAUGUGUAUAGCACCGAAUACAGUGUCAAGUGCAGCCAGAAAAAUAUUAAUUUUUUCUUAAAAAAAAGGCUCCUCAAUGUCUGUGAAUCAUUUGAAAGUGAAUCAACCAUAGGCUUCCCAGAGAGCAGCCAUCCUGAAAAGAAGAUGCAUCCUUGUCUUGGUUAAUAUCCCAUGCAAGACUUACUGUUUUGUAGCAUCAACAACAAAAGAAAAUGUGAAAGCUAAGCCCCAUCAGAAAUGACAAAUUCAACAUUGACUGAAUAUCAGCAGAGCACCAGACUCUUUCUAACAGGGUUUUAUCCUUCUUGGACUAUUUGAGGCUGUGAUCUGUUGAAUUAUACUUGAACUGGACCAGAACAUAUUUAUUGAGCUUAUAUAAAAAAAUCUUGUUAAUUUAACUUUUGGCUUGUAAACAUUUGGAAUUUGUUAGAAUUUGUUGAGUGUCAUAUGAAUCGUCACCAGUUUUACUGAUCUGUGUUACUGAUCGCAAAGUGUUUCAAGUUCUUUCUUAAAAAAGAAUGAUUUUAAUAAAGAGAAUUUUAAAGCACCUGA